AUGAUAUCUUCUCCCUCCUCGGCCCCGCCACAACUCGACACCACCUCUCCACCCUCGCAGCUGCCGAAGCGAUCCUCACUCGCUGCUCCUUUCGCCUCAAGACGUGCAAGCGGGCAGUCCUACGGCAAGAAUCGCACAUCUACUCAUUCCGCCGGCUCGAUGAACCGUUCGCGUCCCGCAUCGCAUGUCUUCCCGUUUUUCCCUUCUAGUCUGCCCUAUGCCCUGGUACGGGAUUUUGCUUAUCCUUCAACACACCCUUUACACUAUGGAGCGCCCCCAAAAGACUCUAGCGCUACAACUCCCGUUAGUGAAUCACGAAGGCUGUCGGAUCCGCCGAGUUCGUGGGACGCGAUGCGUUCAACAUGGCCUGCUCCACACUGGAACCCCGAGACGAUGUAUGGCCAGCAGCAACUCCCUGCUAUAGCCUUUGGAGACGGCCCGCCCUACAGUGAAGACGAGGAUUUGCAUAGCCCUAUAGUGACCACCACAAAGCACCGGAAGCAUAAAUCUGAUUCACGGAGGGCCAGAAGCCCAGCAAGAGACUACUUAGGUCCUGGUUCGGGUGGCCAUGAGUGUGACAAGGGUGCUUUUGUCGGGGUCAAUGGCGACGGUAGCGAGUCAUACUACGUAAAGGGCGAAGAUCCCGGCGAAGAUGGCCCCGGAGACUACGUUACUUACCCCGCGAAUGAAGGGAACCAUUCCUAUUUAAGCCCUGGCUCAUAUGGCCAUGACAUGCACACCAAUUCCCAUUUUACCACCUCGCUUCAAGGCCAACCCCACGGGGGCGAUUUUGAGCUUGAGUCCGACGACGAUAUCUCCGAUGACGGGUGGCGUGAUCCAUCCCGUUACUCGCGGGACUAUCAAUUUACCAUCGUUUCGCCCGAUGAAGAGAUGCAUGGGAAAGCGGUUGCGCUCUUUGAUUUUACUCGUGAACAUGAAAAUGAACUUCCGCUGAAAGAGGGUCAGGUUAUAUUGGUGUCCUAUCGACAUGGUCAAGGCUGGCUUGUUGCAGAAGACCCUAGGACUGGAGAGAGCGGGUUGGUUCCAGAAGAAUUCGUUCGCUUGGUUCGUGAUAUCGAGGGCGGGUUGAACAGUUUAAAUGGGGCCCUGAACACUCCGCUCGACGGUCCAAACCCUGAUGCCAUAGACUUGGACGCAGCCCAAGACCAACCCAAUGCGCCAGAUUCUCCAUCGGCGGCAGAUUCUCCACCCACUUCUAAUGGUGCUACUAAUGCUGAGGGUGGUGACACAAUGACGGCCAACUCAUCAAACCUAGAAGGAUCCCCAAGCUCAAAUACGGACAAACAAAAAUCAAAAGACAAGGAAAAGCACCCGCCUGUUUUAUCCACAUUCUCAACAAGCAGCCGCGAUUUAGCCCCGUACCCACCUCAUCUUCUCAGCGGGCACCAACAUAGCAGAUCUACACCGCCGCAAAUUGAGAAUUUCAACUCCAACCUUGAUGAGCCGAAGAAGCAGUCGAGACGCUCGAAAAGCAUCUCUAGACAGAUUUGA